AUGCCCAAGCAAACAGCAGUGACGAUGACUUUGGCGACCCUGCUGGGUGUUGCUGUGGGGGGACUGGUUUUGUGGAAAGCAACCCAACGUCGGAAAGGAAAAGCAUGCUGUAGUAGUCAGCGAGAGGAAGCAUUUAUAAACUCAGGAGACAAGAAACUGAUUAAGGCAGAGGGUAAGGAGGUGCUUUCCUUCUUCAGAUCUUCCACGCUUUCCUGGGUAGAGAGGAUCCUUGGUGCAGACAUAGUGGUAGUUUCAGGGCAGGAGGAGUGGGAUCAUGCUGAACCUUUGCUGAAGAAGGAGCUGGAGAAGUGGCCAGUGCUUGGAAUUGAUUGUGAAUGGGUAUCUGUGGAGGGAAAAGCAAAUCCUGUAUCCCUCCUGCAGAUGGCUUCUUCCAGUGGCCUCUGUGUUCUUGUUCGAUUGCCCAGGCUUGUUGCCAGUGGACAGACUAUCCCAAAGACCCUGUUGGACAUCAUGACAGAUAGUGCUGUGUUGAAAGUUGGGGUAGGAUGCUGGGAAGAUGCUUGCAAGUUACUUCAUGAUUAUGGUCUUCCAGUCAAAGGGAGCGUGGAUCUCCGGUAUCUAGCCAUGAGACAGUGGAAGGAGCUACCUCACAACUGCCUUAGCCUGAAGUCUUUAGCUGAAGAAGUCCUGAACUGCCCACUUGACAAGUCUCCUCAUGUGCGUUGCAGCAACUGGGAGGCAGAAGAAUUGACACAAGAUCAGGUUCUCUAUGCUGCUAGAGAUGCCCAGAUCUCGGUGGCUCUGUUCCUCCAUUUGCUGGGAUUUGCUAGCCUCCCUGCUAUAUCUCAAGGUGAAAACUCUCUUGCUGCUUGGGAAAAAGCAGUGGGUAAAUGCCGGGGCUUGGUGGAUGUUCCUUUUAGAGGAAGAAAGAGUGGCAGCAGCACAGGAGAGGAGAAGAAUGGAGAGGGACGUUCCCCUCAGAAAACAAAGAAUCGGAAGUCUGUGGUGGAUGGCCAACCUGUUGGUGGUCAGCAAGUAAGAGAUCCACGGAGGCAGAAGAGAAAGCCUCUGGGUGUGGGAUAUUCUGCACGAAAAUCUCCACUGUAUGACAACUGUUUCCUGCAUGCACCAGAUGGACAGCCCCUGUGCACUUGUGAUCGUAAGAAGGCUCAGUGGUAUCUGAACAAGGGGAUUGGAGAGCUAGUUAGCACAGAUCCAUUUGUUGUGAAGCUGCGGUUUGAGCCUUCAGGACGUCCUGAGUCUCAAGUUGAUUAUUAUCUGACAGUCAAAGAGAAUCUGUGUGUUGUAUGUGGCAAGCGAGAAUCCUAUAUCCGGAAAAACAUUGUUCCUCACGAAUACCGAAGACACUUCCCUAUCCAGAUGAAGGACCACAACUCCCAUGACGUGCUCCUACUCUGCACAUCCUGCCAUGCCAUCUCCAAUUACUAUGAUAACCAUCUCAAGCAGCAGCUGGCUGAGGAGUUUGGUGCACCCAUUGGCUCUGAGGAAGGUGUGCGUCUGCUGGAGGACCCUCUGCGCAGGCAAGUGCGCUCGGGGGCACGAGCCCUGCUCAAUGCAGAUGGACUGCCUGACCCCCGAAGGGCAGAACUUUUGCAGAGCAUCAAGGACUUCUUUAACACAGAGAGAGUCACCCCAGAGAUGCUCCAGGAAGCAGCUGGUCUGGAAACCAGGAUCUGCAAUGAGAGCUACGUGCCACAUGGCCUGAAGGUGGUGCAGUGUUUUGCUAAAGGAGGCCUGCGCUCCCUUAUGCAGUUGGAGAGACGCUGGAGGCAGCAUUUUUUGGACAACAUGCAGCCCAAGCACCUCCCAGAGCAGUGGUCAGUGGACCAUAACCAUAUGAAGCUAAUCCGAAAGUAUGGGGAGGAUCUUCAGAUCGAGUUGUCAUAA